AGUCUUCAAAGUUCAUCGCCGAGCUUGAGCCACUAAUCACUGAUUUGGAGAUCUGGAGCAACUGUUCAUCGAUUUGGAUCCACCAUUUGUUGAUUCGUUGAUCUCAACAAGGCAACUGUUCAUCGAUUUGGAUCCACUAUUUGUUGAUUCACUGAUCUCAACAAAUUUCAGCAUGGAUAGUGAAGUGUCUAGUUCUCGUAAAAAAGUAAAGGAGAAAGUUGAUCCGUCAAAACCAUGGCGAUUAUGGAGCCCACGAGAAGAGCAAUGUCUUAUUAAUGCCUUGAUGCACAUUGUCAACAAUGGAAUGAAACAGGACAAUGCCUUCAAGGCCAGCUACCUUAUGAAAUUAGAGGAGAAAUUGUUGGAGAUGCUACCCGGGACAAAUCUUCGCGGCACUCCCCACAUCGAAUCAAAGAUAAAGAAGAAGCACUAUAACUGUGUAGCAAGAAUGCUUGGUACUAGUGGUUUUGGAUGGAAUGACACAGAGAAAAGAAUUGAUGUUGAGAGUGAUAGUGUCUGGGAAGCAUAUGUUCGGAGGGAGAGCGAUGCGAAAAACUUACGAAACAAAAGUUUUCCGUAUUUCGACUCAUGGAUCCACAUAUUUGGUAAGGAUCGAGCUACGGGGGAGUUUGCUGAAGGGCCUGUUGAUGCAGUUGAUGCUAUAAAUGCUGAGGAAGAAUUGUUGUUCAACAAUCUUGCAGAUGAUGGCACAUUUCUUGAACAUAUGGGUAUUAGUAGUCAUAUCGGCGAUGGAAUAAAUUGCUCCAGCUCAUCAAGUCAACGACCACCUGAAAGUUCUACAAAAAAGAAUGACAACAAGAAGAGGCCUAGAGGCAAUGAUGAUGUAGUGGAAGGGUUGUCUAUGAUUGCUAACAAGUUGGGUGAGGUAUUUUCUGCCACCAAUGAAAAGCUAGAUUUCAUUGGUCGAAGAAUGGGCUAUGAACAUGAUCUCGCAUCUAAACGGGCAAGUUUGAAUGAUGAACUCAUUAAGUUGCCAAUUGCUCUUGAUGAAAGACUAGAUGCUUGUGAGAUCAUAUCACAAAGUGCUCAAAAGCUCGACAUGUUCUUCAGCUUGACACAUGAUGACAAACUAAGGUGGGUGAUGAGGUUGCUACGUAGGAGUGCUCCAUGAUAGACUCGUGGCUCUUUUAUGUCCUUCUACGUACUUAGUUUUUUUUAUUACUCUAAUGCAUGUAAUAAGGACUUGACUUUUGGUUUUUUUUUUUUUGUUGAACUACUCAUAUUUUGCUACUUCAUAUUGCAAUAUGCUACUUGGAAUGGUUAUUUUGAAAUGAUGAAUGGUAGAUUUAUAUUUCUACAA